UAUUUCAGAAUGAAUUUGCUUAAUUUGCUUACUAUCUAACUUACAUAAACCAGGCAUAACUUAGAAAGCUGCAUCCUCCAGCUAUUUUCUUCUUUGAAAAGCAGGGUAUUACUGUUUGGGAUUUGGAAAUCUUACACAGUUUCUGAUGAAGUCAAUGGUAACAUUCAUAGUGUUAUUCCUUCUUGUUUGUCACACAACUCCAGCAGUUUCUGAGCUCUCAUCCGAUGGCUAUGAGAUGGUGUUACCCACGUCGGUUGCAACUCGUGACGGCCUUGGGUGGCUGCAUAUGAAUGGUGGAAGAGUAAGAAUGGAGAAUUCAGAGGGAAGAUUCGUCGGCCUAAGCGAUCGGAGGAGUUUGAGAUCGAAUCCGUUGCGGCCACCACCUCCUCAUCGAAGUCCAACAACAAUUUGGAUUAAAUCCCCGCCUCCUCGGCCACCUCCUCCUCCCUCCUCCUCCUCCUCCUCUGCAGCCAACUUCACCCAAUCCUCCUCCCCUUCCUUGUAAUCCUCCACCAUUUUAACAAGUUAAAAACUCAGGUGCAGUGAAGUUAAUUUCACGUGAAGUUUACAGCCGAAUUUUUAAAUGAUUUGACAUAUUUGAUUAAAUUGCCAUUUACUAUCAAGUAUCAACUAUCAACUUUACAUAAAAUUAACUAUA